AUGGACCAAUUUUCCACACUAAAUAGUUUUACCUUGCAAGUUGCUGUGACUUUUAUUGCUUGGUAUUUUGUUAGUUCAGCAUCUAGUAUUGUCAAUAAAAUUACAUUACAGAGCUAUCCAUAUCCUGUGACGGUUGCUUUGAUGUCACUUUGUUACGUUGAACUUUGUUCUGUUCCGGUAUUUCGGUUAUGGCGUAUCAAGCAGCCGUCUAUAUCGAACUAUUAUCUUAUAUAUUAUAUCAUUCCAAUCUCAUUUGGUAAGGUGAUUGCUGUUGUUAGUGCAUAUGUAAGUGUUUGGAGAGUCUCAGUUUCAUACGUACAAACAGUAAAAGCAACAAUGCCAUUAUUUGCUGUUUUUUCCGCUCGAAUCAUUUUGAAAGAGCGCCAAAGCAAGCAUGUUUAUCUAUCAUUAAUACCGAUCAUAAUUGGUGUAGCUAUUGCAACAUUUACCGAAUUAUCGUUUGACUUAGGCGGUUUAUUAAGUGCUUUAUUAUCUACUGGUAUUUAUGCGAUGUUAAAUGUUUUUGUUAAAAAGGUAUUGGAAGGAACUGAUAUUCAUCCACUUCAUUUACUAGCCUUAAAUUCUCGUAUUGCUGCCAUUUUGUUAUUUCCGGUUUGGUGCCUCCGUGAUGGCUUACUAUUUUGGCGUGGUGUUGAGUUAACAAAGAAUCAAUCGUCACCUCACGAGCCAACUUUUGUCGUUUUUUUAUUGCUUUCUGGCACACUUUCAUUCCUUCAAAAUUUGUGUGCUUUCAUAUUAAUUCAUCGCUUAUCUGCACUUUCCUACGCAGUAGCAAAUGCAGCCAAACGUAUCACUGUAAUAUCUGCGUCAUUAAUUACUUUACGUAACCCAGUAACUCCAGCCAAUGUUUUCGGCAUGUUUUUAUCCAUAUUCGGUGUUUUCCUUUAUAAUCGGGCUAAACAGUGCGAAAAAAAGUGUCGCGUUUUGCCAAAAUCGCAAACAGAGUUAACGAUAUCUAAUACUUCGUCGGUUUUCUUGAAUGGUUCAGCAAUCUAUAAUGACAGACUUACUCCAGAAAUACCAUCAAUUGAUUUGGUCCAAAUGAUUUGCUGUUGUCCAAAAUUGUUUCUUCGUUGGGCAGUGGUCGCUAUUUUUGUUGCCGUUUUAAUUUGUUUAUUUGCAGGACAUCCAGACAUCCGGUAA